UCUUCAAUUUAUAGAAUUGGCUUAAACAAGCUCCUACCCAGACAAGCUUUACAAUGGCCCAAACAAGCUACGCUUACCCUCCCACACAAGUGGCGAAUCCCGUCGCCGUCGUCGGCCCUCAUUUCCUUGCUCCUUAUCCGGUAGAUCUAAUCAUCGUCAAGAAACUGCUCUCUCUUUCAGAUGGAAACUUCGCCGUCACCGAUGUCAACGGUAACGUCAUGUUCAAAGUCAAAGGCAAGCAUAUAAGCCUUCGUGAUCGCCGAGUUUUGCUCGACGCCGCUGGUAAUCCGAUUCUAUCGUUCCAGAAAAAGCUGCUGAGUGUUCACAAUAGGUGGGUGGUGUUUAGGGGAGAUAGCUCAGACACAAAAGACCUGAUCUUCAGUGCCAAACAAUCUUCAUUGAUCCAAUUCAAGACUUCACUUGAUGUGUUCUUGGGGUAUAAUGAAAAGGAAGAUGCUUUUGACUUCAAAGUUAAAGGCAGCUGGUUUGACAGAUCAUGCACCAUUUAUGCUCGAGAUGGCACCACCAUUGUUGCCCAGAUGCACAAGAAGCACACCGUCCAAAGCAUUGCACUCGGAAAAGACACGUUUGCGGUGACAGUGUAUCCUAAUGUCGACUAUGCUUUCAUUGUUGCGCUUGUCGUGAUCCUCCAUGAAAUCAACGAAGAGAAAAAUGAUGCCGACUAAAUUUUCCCUAAUAUUUAUUGUACCUAUGAACAACCUCUAUAUAGAUCAGCCAAUAUAUACCCGUAUUGUAUAAGCUGUAGCAUGCAUUUUUGUAAUAGUAAUAAUAUUGUUUUGAUAAUCAUA